GCCGAGGUUGGCAUCUUGUUCGGGCAGCAGCGACAGCGAGCAUAGAUUAAUGAGCGGGCGGCGGGCAGGGGAGACAGCGCCUCCAUACUUCACCCCAGGCUGUUUCGAGGACUCGGCAAAGAUGAAUCGCAGAGACAGCAAGAGGAAGUCCCGGCAUGAGUGCCAGAGCGUGCUGGUCACCAAGGCUUCACAGCGGCAGUGCCGACGCCGUAUGACCUGCCCCAGCCCCGCCGAGAUCAGCAAAGCCAAGGCCAUCAUGUCCAUGAGCCCCCUCACCAAGGCACUCACUCUCAACGAGCUCCUCAACAAAUGUAUCCAGUCCUUCGAUGUGGACGGGAACCUGCGGUGCAGUAGCGAGACGGUGAAGGUGACGUUGAUGAUGCACAGCUGGAUCGUCCCAUCCGCUGAAUUCGCCCACAAACUCCUGCUCCUCUAUCGAGAUGCUUCAGGGGAGAAGCCAUGCCAAGAUCGUGUGAGGAUCUGCCACCUGGUGAGGUACUGGAUCUCCCUCUACCCGGUGGUGUUCACAGUGGACUCGGAGCUGGAGGCGGUGAUGUCACAGCUGUGGGAGGUGGUGCGGAGCGAGGGCGAGGAGGCACACUGCAGCCUCAUCGACACCUCCAACAUUCACAUGCAGGAGUGGACACGCAAGUACACUCUACACGGGACGCCCAACAGCAACAAGAAACGCAAGGUCUCUCUGCUGUUCGAUCACCUGGAUCCCACGGAGCUGGCCGAGCACCUCACCUACCUGGAGUUCAAAUGCUUCUGCCGUCUCUCGUACCUGGACUACAGGAGCUACACACUCAGCGGCUGCUUGCGGGAGAACCCGGCGCUGGAGCGGGCAGUCUCGCUGGUCAACGGCAUCUCGCAGUGGGUCCAGCUGAUGAUCCUCACCAGGCCCACCCCCGUCCAACGAGCAGAAGUCUUCACCAAGUUCAUCCACGUGGCACAGAAACUUCGCCUGCUCCAGAACUUCAACACACUAAUGGCGGUCAUCGGAGGCCUUUGUCACAGCGCCAUUUCACGUCUCAAAGAAACCAGCUCCCACCUAUCGCAAGACGUCUCUAAGGCCUUGAAUGAGAUGACGGAGCUGCUGUCCUCCUGCAGUAACUAUAGCAACUACCGCCGGGUCUUCAGCGAGUGCACGGGCUUCAAGAUCCCCAUCCUGGGCGUUCACCUGAAGGACCUGGUGUCGCUGAACGAGGCACUGCCGGACUACGUGGAGGCCACUAAGAUCAACCUGAGCAAGUUGCAGCAGCUGUACAGCCGCAUCUCCGAGCUGACCCGCAUACAAGACUGCACUCCGCCCUUCGAGGCCAACAAGGACCUGGUGCAUCUGCUGACGCUUUCACUCGACCUUUACUACACCGACGACGAGAUCUACGAGCUGUCCUACACGAGGGAGCCCAAGACUCAUCGAACGUAUUCUGUGCCACAGUGCCCGUGUAAGCCGCCGGUGGUUGUGGAGUGGGCAUCAGUUGCCCCCAAGCUCGACGCCAUCACCAUCAGCAAGCAUGUCCGCCAGCUGGUUGAUUCAGUGUUUAAAAACUACGACCUCGAUCAGGAUGGUUACAUCUCCCAAGAAGAGUUUGAGAAAAUCGCUGCUAGUUUCCCGUUCUCAGUCUUGACCAUCGAUAAAGAUCGCAAGGAUCUGAUUAGUCGGGAGGAGAUCACGGACUACUUCCUACGGGGAAGCCGCAUCUGCUCCAAGCUCACCCUCGGUUUCCUGCACAACUUCCAGGAGAACACCUACAAGAGGCCGACCUUCUGUGACAACUGCACCGGUUUCCUUUGGGGCGUCAUUAAGCAAGGAUACAGAUGCCACGACUGCGGCAUCAACUGCCACAAGCAUUGCCGUGACACGGUGAUGCAGGAGUGCCGGAAACGCAGCAAGACGGACAUCACAGUGCCGGGGCCCACCACCCCGUCCGGCCCCAUCACCACCCCCCACAGAGCCCACGGCAGCAACCCCGACAUCUUCGCCUAUCCUCAGGUGGACGCCGCUGAGCUUGGGCACAACGGCCGCGACCACCCCCUGGCGCCGCCCGAGCGCACGAGUGCCGCCCUGGCCCACCGCUCCACUCAGACCAAGCCCCCCCUCCCAGAUCCGCCGGACCCCGGCCCCAACGCCGGCGAGACCACGGGGCCCGCAACUCAGCCCAACGCCCCCUUACCGCACCCCAGUAGCACGGACGUACAGCAGUGGGCACACAGGCUGCACCUGGCUGAACAGCGAGGAAGCCAGCUGGCGUUGGAGAACGCGGAUCUACAGCGAGCGAAGGCAGGGCUGGAGGAAGACAAUGCCACACUGCGGCGGCAGCUCGCUGAGCUACGGGAGCGGCUGGACAGGCUGGAGCGGAGGCAGGAGACCCUGGGACCCCCGGCAGUCACGCUGAUCCUGGAGCAGAUGGACAACAUGCACGUGCAGCACGACUCCAACAUCUGA